AUGGAUAGGGAAACUGUUUCUCGAGCCUUGGCCGAAGAGGUGCCGCUGUCCGUUUCACUUCUCUCGGAACUGGGAAAGGGAUCAUUGAGAAGGGACCUGCUCAAUGCGCUCGACGGGCGGCAGGUGGCUCGACUGCGCAGUCUGUGGCCAAAACUCGUCCUGACAGCAAGCAGUCCCCAUGUGAAUGAUCAUCAUAUCACAGCGGCAUCAAAUGCUCUAUGUGUCUAUCUCAAUGGCGGCUCGAUGAGCCCUGCCGCCGAGCUUCGAAAUCAUGUCAUCUCCCAAGACACGUGGUUCGAAGCCUUCCAAUGUGCUCACAAGGCCUUCAAUGACGGCAAGACGAAACCAGCAAAUCAGGUCCUGGAAACCCUCUGUGAUCUGUUCUCGAAGCUGGAUGACACCACGGGCAGCCUGGUCCUCAAGAGGGCAUCUCUGCCAUUAUUGAAAACCAUCUUGCUAGCUUCGCCCCGAUCUGAUAUCAAGAAGGCUUCUCUUAUGUUAGCAUACUUGCACCGAAGGACUCCGUUACUUCCGCUUCUGGAUGAACUGGUGUUACAAUGUGUCAAUGAGAACGACUAUGCCUGGAGACAGCGCUUGGCGGAACAUCAUGUCAUGAUAUCCGACGUUUCCAAUAUCGACAGGGGAAGUAUCCCUCAUCUCUUCGUUGCACUGAUCUUUGCAAUGGUAGACCUUGAUACGAGAAGUGCCGCGUUGAAGCUGUGCACGUUCCUGUGCGACGACAGUCGCCGAAACACCGACGUUUCCAAUUCACCGGCGGUGAUCGAACGGUCCAUAGAGCUGUACUUGGAGAGAAACCAUGCAGCAUCAGGCACAUUCGCGGAGAAUGUGCUACCUAUGAUCCUAGACAAGAAGGAAAAACUCAUCGCUUUUGCGCAGCGAUAUGCUAGUUCUAGCUAUGGUAGAGGUGCAGAUAUGUCCAUUUUUAUCGCUGUCCUUAAAGCUGGGCGUGCAAAAGGGAUUUUGUCCGAAGCUGAGAUGUUCGACGCCUUCGGUGUAGCUUUCAAGGAUGUGGCCUCGACGAACGUCGACGAAUCAAACAACAUGUACUGGUUCAAGCAAAUGUUGAAGACCGCGGAUCCCGAGCUGCGGAUACUCACAUAUGGACUACUAACAAUCUCACCAGCUGGCAACGCUACAGUCAGCCCCAGCGUACUCGACUGCGUUGCCUUCAGCAUGCGAUAUCUCCAUGAUGAUCCUGACGCCCAUGAAAGGGGUGAGAUUCUGAGCAUUACAAAGAGACUCUUGAGAAGGCUUCAAAACAGUGCCACAGCCUUGAGGAGGGUGACGCACCUCGUUGAUGCCGAUGAAGAAGCCAAUAUCGUCCUGGAUUCAUACAAAUCAUUCGUGGGGAGAUUAUAUGACUUUCUGAAGACAGAGCUCUGCACAGGGGCGUCAUAUCCCCGUCAUAUUCUCGCUGUACUCUCCUUACAGUAUCUUUUUGACCUCAAGAUGGAUCCUGACUUGCUGGUAGGCGACAAAAGCCUUGUUCAGGCUUUGAUCUGCCUUGUCAUCGACCCAUUCGAAGAUGUCCGGAGCGGCGCAGCAACUCUGCUCCGAACGCUAGCCUGCAAGGAUCAUAGCUCGGUUGCAAGUGUUCUGACUCCUUCCCUCCUCCAGAAGGUCCAAGUCCUUGCCGUCAGGACUGGUAGGGCCGAUCAUGCAGAUGCCAUGGGUCGACUUAGCGCUUUGAGAGGUGUCUCCUCCUCUCCUUCGAAUGGCGUGCCCGUGGAAACCGACAGCACUGAUCUUGUCGAAGAAAUUCAGCAUCUCAAGGCUCUGACUUCAAAGCAAGGAGGCUUCGAACUGAGACCUGGCUGCGCCAUCCCAAUCCAUGGUCUCUUAUUAGGUAUCAGUUAUCGGUUACGCUAUCUCCAGGAUGGUCAUCUCUCAUCGUUUGAUUUCACGCUCUUGGAGGCGUGUGCAAACGUUUGGGAUCAAGUGAGAAAACAGCUUUGCGUGGACUCUCCGGAAAGAGCCUCGGAGAUAGAGACCAAAACUGACGAUGAAGGCCCCAAAGACCUUCUGGCCUUUUCGUGGAGAGCGCUUCGUGAUUCCAGCAUCGUCCUUCAAUCGCUGAUCGCCAUCGUGACACCCUCUCGCGAACUCCUUCACGCCAUCGGCAGCCUUUGCUUAGACCAGCUGAUCUCGUUGCGGCAUCGAGGAGCUUUCUCGACUGUUGCACAAACAUUCAGUCAGUGUUGUGAGAAGAUCCGCUUGUCCGUCGAUUCAUCCAUACGUGGACUCAUCCAGGAAUGGUACACGGCUGCUCUGGACCAGAUCGACGAGCAAGCGAAUCGCUUGAUCCGGCGAUCGGCUGGGCUCCCAGCAAUGAUAACCGCACUUCUUAGUCCGGCUGACCGGAAACUAUUCUCGAGAACCUUUGCCGACCUGACAGCUAUUGCACAGAGGCCAAUUGACGAUGCUUCUCUUCAGGAGAUCGGAGAAAUGAAGCUGCCCCAGGUUCAUGCAUUGAACUGCCUCAAAGAUAUCAUGACGAAUUCGAGAUUUUCGGCUGCUGUUGUCCCCUACCAGGACUCAAUAAUGGAGCUCGCUGCGGCUUGCCUGUCGUCAAAGAUCUGGGCAGUUCGCAAUUGUGGGCUCAUGCUUUUGCGCGCCUGCAUCAAUCGUCUUGAUUCCUCUAGUUCAUUACCACGCCAGAAUCUGAGGGACCAGUCCCAAGCCGGGGGAGAAGGCAAGCCGCCAUCGAUGGUUGCGUUCCGCCUACUUGACAAAGCUGGGCCAUUGCCCGGGUACGACAGCCACGGCCCAAGCAAUGCCGUGGAAGACAUUUUCGCUGGCCUGGAUCUACUGGGACACGCGAUUUUAGCCGGGUCAAUGGCAGAUGUGGCCGAGAAACUCGUCAUGCGGCAGCUUGGGAACCCAGCUUGGACUGUCAGGGACCACGCAGCUCUGCUACUGGCUACUCGCAUAAGGAGAGUAAGCCCUGUUACAGCAAUCAUGGCGUUUCUCGGCAAUGGUCUCGUUGGCACGGAAAAUCGGGUCCAUGGUGUUUUGCUUUGUUGUCGAUACCUUUUGGAACAGGGUAUGAGCAUCGUAACUGAGACUGAGCUCGAGUUGCUUGUCGACACACUCAUUCGAGACAUGACGCUCGCUAAUGGGGAUCUGGCUCGCCAUUCACCCUACGUCUACACGGCAUGCAUGGAUGUGCUCAACGACGUCGCGUCAUGUAUUCUGGAGCGCGGCUGGAGUCACCAAAUCCUCAAAACGGAACCUCUCACCAAAAGAAUCAGGAACCUCCCGACGACCAACUCGCAGCAUGGACCCCAGUUGUUGCAAAGGAUACUACUCCAUGAGACUUAUCACAUUCUGAUGGUAGGCAAGGAUUUGCCUAACGGAGGCGAGGUGGCUGCAAACGGGAUAUCGCAACUCAUCGACAAUAUAGAUGCUCUCAGCUUUGCGUUGGAUGUCCUGUGCCAGAGGAACUGCCACAGACCUUGUGCACCUUUACCUAUCUUCCUUGCUGGAUUAAUUGAUCAAGCAUUUGAAAGGGCGUCUCCACCGCAAUAUGUUCUCGAGCAAACUUUCACCUGCUUGACACGGAGUCUUGAGCAUGGCAUGGCAAUGCCACUGGCGACGGCACAAAUGGUGUUUCGACGAAUAGAUUCUGCUGAGUUGCACACUCCGCGCGAACUGCGGAACACAGCACUGAAAUUACGAGCAUCGCUGUUGGGAGUUGUUCGACUUGCACAUCCACAACCUCCAGACUAUCAAAGACAAGUUGAAGAGUGGCUUCGAGUGGCCGAAGAUAGUGCAAGAGACGACCUAGACUUUCCUUCGAGGCUAAGCGCUGUCGCGGCGGUUUCAACCUACAUCGGCCACAUGGAAGACUCUGUCACCCCCCAGCAACUCCCUGGUGUACGGCUACGACUUCUCUUACUCCUGUACGACCUACUUAAUGACGACGACGAAGACAUCAGGCUUGAGGCAGUUCAUGCUGGCCGAAGAUUCAAACUCCACAAGACGUCUGCAAUGGACAACCUGGAGUAUUGUGCCGUUGCGGCAAGAGAGGAAGUCCUGCACGAGUUGAAGCGCCAGGCUAAAGCAUUACCAGAACUCACUGAGGUCGCCCUAGUCAAUGUGUUACGGCUUGGGCACAAGACGGGCGGUAUUUCCGGGCCGUCUGGACUUGGAUCGACUGCUCUUUUGGAAACUCCGGUGGCUUCUAAGCUGGGCAGCAUCGCAAGAAAACUGAAUGACCUCUUUGCAGAAGAGAGACAAAAUCUCUACAUUGACGACAUCCGCGAGAUCGACACUUGGACUGGAGUAUUCGACGAUGAAGGAAUCGACCAUCUGGCUCCAGACGUGUUUGAGGCGGUUAUGAAAUGGACGCUGGAUGGUCUAGAUACGGUCAACGACACGCUCGAAAUACAACAGCUGAAAGCUCCAAGCGACCAGCUCAGAUCUCUAACAAACCAGCCGACGAGGGAUUUCAAGGACCAGGAUGUAGCUAGCGGCGCAUGCGCGAAUCGGAUCCAGCUCUGCGAAUCGCUGUUUGGUCAUCCUCUCGGCGUAACAUACGAUCAUGAGAUACUGGUGGUUCUGUACCAAGUCGUCAGCCUCGCGGGAGUGCUCUACCGUCACGACAGGAAGGCAUACAAAGGAAAACUGCGAGCGAAGCUGCAAAGAGUGAAAGAAGUUUGCUCAAGCCUUCCCGUGAAUCCGGUGCUUCUGGGUGCGGUCGAACGUGCUCUUAGCAGGCAGUGUAGAUGA